AUGACAAUUACGACUAUAAUCACUACCUCUGUGAGUAGCUUCUGGUGGUGUGACAAGGACGAGCAACUGUUUGCAAGCCUACUUGUUAGGACUGACAAUCGCAUUUGUCUUGUAUCGAUCUUAGCCGCGAAAUUUGCGCAUCAGCUGGGACCGACAGCCUUAGGCGUCGUGGGAUCAGUCUUCAAACCUGGACACCCAGGCUGCUGGAUUGCUUUCAAUGUCCACACUCUGAAGCAAGCAGGAAAACAAACUACUCUUAUAUGGAGCAGACUGGGACGUCAAAGGGGACGAAUGCUCCAAUACGCGGCCGGUAUUAUCUGA